CCUCUUUUCUUUUCCGCUGGGCUCGGCUGGCAGCGCCAGUCUGAAAACCCAACAGAUACUUUCAUCGAAAACAACCACAACACAUUACAGUAGUAUUCAUAUUGUUCAACUAAUCUAAUUCUGGAGACACUAAAAAGAGCAGAAUGAGUCUUUUACAUAGCCGCGUCGGCUUAUUUCCGCGUUGGCGAAACAAGGAGGAGGCAACUCACUUGUUUGAGGAAGUUGCUCAAUAUUGGAAAACACACACGAAUGUCCGCCACGCUUGUAAAACAUGUCGUCUUAGGGAGGCAUAAACACUCACGAAGCUCGUAUUGUGUGACGCAAUGAACGACUCGGUGACUCGCAUGACUUACAUACGUAAACUCCGCUACAGUGUACUUUGUCAGGUGGCCGACUUUUUAGACGCCCAGGCCAGGUGGAAGGACGUCAUUAUUUCCAUCCGGAAGUCCGACGGCGAGUUGAGGCGAUUUGAGGGCCUUGUUGCUCAGGGUAAGAGCCCCACGGUGGAGCUGCUGCAUGACUGGGGCAUAUUCAAUGCCACAGUGGGAGAAUUGGUAGACAUUCUCAAGAGUCGAAAGUUACUGGCAGCCGCCAGCGUGCUGUUACCUGAAGAGGUAUUCUCUAUAGAGACACCAUGUGUGUCUCCUGCAGCAGAACCCAACAGCACACAUCCAACUUUGCCGACUUUGAAGAUGGUUCAGACAGAGAUGACGUUAGCGCCUGUUGCCGAUGAGCGUCAGACUCCAAUCCAGCUGAAGAAUGGUGAACCAGACCACGCACAAGGUUUCACCAGUUUCUCAUACAAUGAGCUGAUGGAAAUUACCGGAAACUUUGACGAACGCCCCAUGUCCGACGGCGGCUGCCAGCUCGGAGAAGGAGGCUUUGGGACCGUCUUCAAAGGUUUCCUGCGGGACAAACCCGUGGCAGUUAAAAAACUCAACCCGAUUGAUGACGUCUUUUCUGAUGAGCUGCAAAUUCAGUUUAACCAGGAGGUCCAAACGUUGACAGUGUUGAAACAUGAGAACCUGGUGGACAUGGUGGGCUACUCAUGUGAUGGACAGUACCCAUGUUUGGUUUAUGCCUUCAUGGCGAAUGGAUCCUUGCUGGACAGACUGGCUUGCUUUGAAGGAAGUCCUCCACUGUCCUGGGUACAGAGGUGCUUGAUAGCUGGCGGCACAGCAAGAGGUGUGGAGUAUUUGCACAGCAACCAUCAUGUCCACAGAGAUAUAAAAAGUGCAAAUAUCCUGUUAGAUGAAAAUUUUGUGGCCAAAAUCUCAGACUUUGGCCUGACAAGAGCCUCAGCCAAACGGACGGCAACAACCAUGAUAACAGAAAGGAUCGUCGGUACCUGCGCAUACAUGGCACCCGAGGCGCUGAGGGGGGAGAUCACACCGAAAUCAGAUGUCUUCAGCUUUGGAGUGGUGCUGUUAGAAAUAUUGUCCGGACUCUCUCCAGCAGAUGAAAACCGUGAGCCGCAGCUUUUGAUGGACAUGAGGCAUGACAUCGAUGACGAAGAUGAGGACCUCACUCUGGAGGCCUUUGUAGACAAGAGCAUGAGCGACUGGGACAUGAGCCAGGUGGAUGGCGUGUACUCUUUGGCUGGCAGCUGUCUCCACGAGAGGAAGAACAGACGGCCGCUUAUCACGCAGGUGCUGUCUAAGCUCAAUGGAGUGAUCAAAAACAUUUCACUGGAGUCUUGUGCAUAGGACUGAAGGAUUUUCAUCCCCAGCUUCGAACAUGAGGUGAGCUUGGUAGUGUGCCUAAUGUUAAGUCAUCAGUAGACGAAUGGCUGUGGCAACAUUUUGAUCAACGCAAAUAUUCCCUUUCCUAUUCCGUAGCAAGGCUCCCUCCCUCCCUCUCUCUCUGGGAUCAUGGUCGAUGGAACGUGAUUUUUGAUGGAUGACAUUUUAGUGGAAGCCCCUCAGCGACGUGAUCACCAGCACGCACACACACACACACACACACACACACACGGCUACAUUAUGUA